CACCAGGUCAUAAUGCCUCCACCAUUUCCCAGGUUCCGUAUAAGGUGCAUCAUGCUGGUUGCUGGGUCCAAAGCAGUAGCAGAAAUACAGUUUUUCUUUUGAGGACUGGCUUGCUAUAUGUACAAUAUGUGGGCAAGGCUGACUUCCCAUUUUACCAAGAAUAUAAAGGAACCAAAGCAAAACAAGACGCAAGGGCUAACCUGCAGCCGAGGCUCUUCCCCUCCUAACCCCUCACUGGUGUCCCAAAAGGUUCAAACUGUCCAGGUUCAGCUGCUGAAUGAGAACACUUACAAUCAGAUCCCCACCCACUACCUCCAGGCCCAUGUGCUUGGAUAUAACUCCUCAGAUAGGCCUUUUCAUAACGUGCUGGUAGAUGAGAUGGAUAUGAUGCUGACUAAAGCAGCCACCGUCAUCCAGUCUGCCUGGCGGGGCCACCACAUUCGACAGAAGUUGGGCCUGGAAUCCAUGGUAAGCAAUGAUGUUGAGGUCAAUCACGGAGUCUGCCCAGGGUUCAGUGUCCACCAAGAUCCGCAGUCUUCUCAGGCCUUGGGACAUAUGGCAAAGAACCUGGAGCAAUUCCAGGCCUUGAAGGAGAAUUCUCAGUUACAGGACAUACCAUAUUCUGAGACAAAGCCCAAGACUAAUAAGGACCAUGCGCAGCUUUGGAGACCAAUGGCACAUCUCCAUCAGUCAAAAUUAGAGAUCUGUAGCCCUGAGUUCUAUCCUCCCCAAAGUAAAACGGACAGAUGGACACAAGUCUCCUUCCAGGAGGAAGACAUUCCAGCCAUUGAGAAACCUUCCCAGUCAUUUCUAGAAGCCAAGGAAUACUGGCUACAGUCCCAGAAUCAGCCAGAGGCUAAAUAUGGCGCACUUAAGUCUCAUAGAUAUUUCAGUGAUGGAGAGAGCCAGGUCCCACCCGAAACAUACCCCAUGUCUUCUCAGAUGGAUCCUCCAUUGGAGGAGGCCAAGGCUCUGUUUCAGGAACAACCCACAGUUGGGUCAGCCAAGACCCUUGUCAUAACUGGAAUAACCAAGGUCCCAUUUCAGGCCAAUCUGAUAGAUAGGGUAGGCAAGAACUCAUCCCAGACACAGUUCUCAGCUAAGGCAGCCCCGCCCCUGGCAUACCCUGUAGCUACAAUGACCAAGGUCUCAACCAAGGAACAUCAGGUGGCUAGAGGGACCAAGGUCCCACCUCAGGCACUCCCCACAGCUGGAUUGACCAAAGUCUCAGCCAAAGAACAUACAGUGAGCAAGGCCCCACCUCAGGCACGCCCCACGGUUGGAUCGACCAAAGUCUCACCCAAGGAAUAUCUGGCAUCUGUAGCAACCAAGGUCCUAACCCAAGAACAUGAUGUAUAUAGAACAACCAAGAACUUAUCCCAGCUACAUCUGACAGAUGGAGGAACCAAAGCUCCACCCCAGGCACUUCCCAAGGCUGGAACAGUCAAAAUCUCAUCCAAGGGAUAUACACUAGCUGGAGGGACCAAGGGCUCACCCCAAUUCCGUCUGGUGAUUGGAGGGACCAAAGCCCCUCCUCGGCCAUCUGCCCCAUGUAAGGAGAGUAAACUCUCUUACCAGGGACAUUCCACAGUCAGAGAGACCAAGACACCAUCCUUGGCAAGUCCCAUAAUUAAAAUAAGCAAGUUCUCUUUCCAGAAACAUUGCUCAGCUAGAAUGACCAAGGCAUCUUGUCAAGCACAUCUGGAGGUCAAGGCAACCCAGGUCCCAUCUCAUGAAUACUUGGAGGUCAAGGCAACCCAAGUCCCAUCUCAGAGUGAUUUGAAGAAUGAGGUGAUCCAAGGUCCAUUUCAGCCAUAUCCGGAGACUCGAGUCCCAUCCCAAGUCCCACUAAGGACCACAGGGACUGAGGUGCCAUUGCAGGCACACACAAGGCCAUAUUUAUCCAAAUAUGUAUCUUGGAGAGACAUGGAUCUGACCAGAUAUCAGGCCCUUCAAGAGCAGGGAGGGAUGGUGGAAGCUCCAGAGAUGGCAAAAGAAGAAAAUAGGGUGGGAGGGUCACAGGUGGAAAAGAAGACGAACUCUCAGCAACAGCUGGGGUCUGUGCUGUCCAAGGCUCUGUCUCAGGGAGAGGUGAGAACAGCUGUAACCAAUGCCUUGUCCCAAGAAAUGCUGGGCCCUAGCAUGGUCAAAACUUUCCCCCAAGGGAUGCUGGGACCAGUGCUUAUUAAAGCCUUGUCUCAUGGGGCUCUGGGGACCAGCCUUACAAGGGCCCUGUCCCGGGGGGAACUGCGUGCAGAGGUAGCCAAAGCCAUGUCCCAAGGGAAACUUAGGGAAGCCUUAGACAAAGUCCUAACCAAAGAAGAGAGGGCUGCCCUCAACCAGGCCCUGACACAGGGGGAGCUAAGAACUGUCCUCAGUCAGGUUUUAUCCCAGGGGGUAUUGGCAGCCAUGGCAAAAUCUUUUGAUAUCGGAGCUGCUUCAAGCACCCCCCUAAAAGAAGUGGGAGCCGCAACUCAGGUAGAUGUUGGAGAGGCAAAGAAUACCAUCCUGUCAGGAAAUCCCAGUCCAUCCAGAGUUGUCACUCCGAGGGAGCAUCCUUGGCAGAAAAACUCUCAAGAGACAUCUCUACCUGCAGAGACUGGUGAUAGUAAUGUGAAUCUAAACCAUUCAGAGGGGCCUGUAGCAGGGAGGGAAGCACCGAGUCUGGCCCCAGGGAACAGAGACAGUGGCGUGCCCUUGGGUCUACCCUGGGGAAACCCGAUCAGGGGAGUAGCCUCCAGCCUUCAUCAGAAUUCUGAGGCCAAUGCAGGAGCAACAGCAAACCUUCACCAAUUGUUCAUGUCCAGUGGAUUGAGUUCGAUUCUGCCUUGGGGGUCGAUGGCCAGUGGAAUGGUCCCAAAUCUUCCUCAGGAGUCUGUGGCCACUGAGCUUGUCCGAAGUCUGUUGCAGGACCCUCUGGGCUCUGAAGUGGUCUCUACUGUGGACGAGCCAUCCAUGGCCAGUGGAGGGAUACCAAAUUUGCUCCAGGAACCUGGGGCUAAUGAGAUCACCCCAGGCCUACACCAGUCAUCUGUGGCCAGUGAGAUGACCAUGAGCUUACAGCAGCCAUCUGUAGCCAGGGGAAUGGCUCACAGUCAAUAUCCAGCCUCAGAAGCCAGUAGGGCGAGACCAAGACUAUUCCAGGAUUCUGGAGUCAGUGAAAUUGAUCCCAAUUUAUGCCAGGGAUCUAUAGCCAGUGAGAUGGUCUCGGAGCUACCUGAGGCCAAUGGGCUGGUCGGAAGCAUCUCCCAGAGAUCUAGGGAAAAUAGGGUUGGCCCAAGUCUAAACCAGGCCCUGAUAGCUAGUGGAGUGACCCCAAAUUCCUCCAAUGUAUCUGUAAGCACUGGUAUGCCCUCAAAUCUCUGUCACAGACCUGGGACCACUGCUAUAUCUCCAAAUAUGUACCAGAUGUCUGGGGUCUCCCAGGAGUCUUUGAUCGGUGGCCUAACCCCAAGGCAACAUCAGACAUCUGUAGCUUAUGGAGUGACCCCAACCCUACAACAACAAGGGUCUGUGGCUAGUGAACUGGCUCCAGGUCUAUAUGCAGCCUCAGUAAACAGUAGAGCAUCCCCAAGCCUUCACCAGGCAUCUAAAAUCAGGGAUGUGGCCCCGAACCCAUACCAGGUAUGUGGGACCAAUAUGGUAGACCAGAGUCCCUCCCGAACAGCCAUGGAAAUUGGGAUUCUGAGUUCACAACAAAAUUUAACUUCUGAUAGAUCAGCCAGAAGUCUAUCCCAGAGCUCCAUGACCACUAAGGGACAUUCAAAGCUGGCCAAUGAGUCAGUCUUGAGUUUCUCCCCAGCAGCGAUCCCUAGAGUACAAGCCCCAGACUUCCACCAGGUGUCUCAAGUUACUAGUUCAAUUUUGCACCAUGCUUUGAGACCCAGCGCUGAGUCUCUACAAGCGCACUUGGAGGCACAUGCUUCAGACAACGCAAACCCAAGUGAACAACUGGGAAGCAGUAUAGACACUAAGAACCUACAGCAAGGGUCCAUGUCUCCAGGUUUUGGAGUGGAGCCCAGUCUACACCAGGUAUCUAUGACCAGCGGGGUAGUUCAGAGUCUACCUGAGACAUCAAUGCCCUGUGGGGUGGGCUCAGGUCUAUCGGAGACAUCUGUGGCCAGGAAGGUGGGGCCGUGUCUAAACCAAGCACCUACGGCCAGCAGAAUGGAGUCAAAUCGACACCUGGUAUCCACGACCAGUGAGUUGACUCCUAGUUUAAGCCGACGGCCCUUAGCCAGUGGAUUAAUCUCAAGUAGACAACAGGUGUUUAAGGACAAGUUAGAGCCAUAUAUAUACCAACAGUCCAUGAUUAGGGGCAAUCAUGGAUCUGGAGUCGGUGCAGUGACCCCAAGCCCAAAUCAGCAUUCUUUGACCAACGAGAUCGCCCCAAAUCUACCUCAUGCAGCCCAGAAGUUCAUGAGCUAUAAGGUGGGCCCAAAUCUGUCCCAGGAGGUAGUGCCAAGUUCACAUAGGAGACCAGUGGGUAGGGAGGGCGUCAUACACAGUCAGGUAGUUGGGGCAGGUGAGAUAACUCCAAAAGUGCAAUGGCGACCUGAAGACAAUGAGGUAAUAUCUAAUGUGCACUGGGGAUCUGAGAUCAGCGAGCAAGCUCCAAAUGAACACAGGGGAACUAUAGACACUGAAGAAGCCCCAAAUAUAUACCUGGGAUCCAUAUUCAAUGAGGAAGUCCCAAGUGUGCAUUGUGUGUCCACGGUUAGUAAGGUGGCCCCAAGGGUACAACACCACUCUAUGGUCAAUGAGAUAGAGCCGAAUAUACAACAAGGGUCCUUGGUCAUUGGGGUACUUCCAAGUGUUGCUCGGGGAUCCGAGGUCAACAGGAUGGUCCCAGAUGUGAUUCAGGAGUUUGGAGUCACUGGGGCAACCCCAAGUGGAUCUUACAACUCUCUAGUCAGUGAGGUGGCCCCAGGUAAAUUCUGGGGAUAUGGGAAUUCUGGGGAAGUUUCAAGUGUUGCUCAGGCAUCGGUGGUCGAUGAAGCCAUUCCAAAUACGCAUCAGGGGUAUGUAAUUGGUAAAGUGUCCCUAGCUGUGUGUCAAAGACUUAGAGACAAACCACUGACCCCAGCAAUGCGUUGGCGAUUAGCAGUCAGUCAGGUGGUUCCACAUCUAUUCCGGGAAUGUGUUCCCAGUGGGGAGGACCCCAGAAUGAAUCAGGGAUUUGUGCCCAGUGGCGUGACUCUAAGUAUGAAACAAGGAUCUCUGACUGAUGGGGUGACCCCGAACGUGAAUCAAAGACCUGUAUCCAAACCAGAGUCCCAAGGGACACAUCGGAAAUUAACAGACAGCAAAUUCUAUAAAGCUAUGCCUAAUAGAGAGGACUCUAGUGUGAUCCAGGGGACUGAAGCCACAACGAUUGUGCCCCAUGUAAAUCAGGAUGUGGCCUCAAACAUACAUCAACCAGUCCCUAGAGUGGUCCAAACUGUACAACAGAGAUCUAUAUCCAAAAGGACAACACAGAAUAUUAAUAAGAAACCUGUUGCCAGUGGAGUGACCCCUAAUGUACACCAGAGACCUGUGGUCAGUGGGGUGACCCCAAGUGCAUAUCAAGGUUCCAAAGUUGGAGUGCCCAUAAGAGUCCAUCAGGAAUCCAGGAUUAGAGGGACUCCAAAUGUACCUCAAGAAUCCAAAGCCAAUGCUGUAACCCAGAAUGUAAGUUGGGAUUUGGAGCCCAUUGGAACAACCCCAAGUAUACAUGAGAAAUCCAUGAGCAGUGGGGUGGCCCCCAAAUCAAAUUUGACAUCCAGGAUCAGUAAGGUGACCCCAAAUGUAAAUCAGGGGUCCAUGCUCAGUGGGGUAUCUCCAAGUGUAUAUCAGAGAACCACGCCAAGUGGUCCAGUUCAAAUUCUGAAUUGGGGUUCUAUGACCAGUGAGGAAGCUCCAAGUGUAAGUUUAGCACCCGAGACUAGUAAGAUAACCCCAUGUGCAGGUCAAGAAUCUGUGGCCAGUGAAAUGACCUCAAGUGGACAGCAGGAAUCUAUGCCUAGGGAAGAGGCCCCAUGUGUGAACAGGGGAUCAGGGGUCAAGAAGAUUGCCCCAAAUGUACAUCAAAAAUCCAUGGCCAGUAAGUUGAUCCCAAAUGCACAUCGAGGAUUCCAGAAGACUGGGGUAGCCCCAACUAAAACAGGGUGGAGAUCUAGGACCAGGGACAUAGCCCCUAGUACACAUCAGGCAUCUGCAGGGAAUGGGGUAGCCCCAGUCAAGCCCCAUGAACCCAAGGCCAGUAGAACGGUCCCAAGUGUGACUCAAGGACACAUAGCCAGUAAAGGAACCCCAAGAAAGCAUCAGGGAUCCAGGGCCACCAGCAUGGUCCAAAGUAUCAAUCGGGGAUCUGUGGCCAGUGGAGUAGCAAGAGUACCUCAGAAUCAAGAAUCUGUGGCCAGUGGGGUAACACCAAGUAUAUAUCAGAGAUCCCCAGAAAAUAGGGUGCUCCAAGGGUCUUUGACUAGUGGAAUGCCCCCAAAUGUGACCCUGAUCCGUGAUAGACGCGUCAUCAGCGAAGUAAACCCACGUGCGACUUCACAACGCGCAGCCAGCCCAGUGGCCCCAAGCAUCCAACAAACCAGUAGAGCGCUACCAAUUGUAAAUCAGGAAUCUGGGGCCAGGAAGGCUAUCCCAAAUGGGCUUUGGGGGCUCAUGACCCAAAAGAUAUUGAAUCCAUAUACUAAGCAGCAGAGAUCUGACAAUAGUCAGUCAAGCAUGAAUUUAAAUCCAAACGAAGGCAUCCCUAACUCACCACAGGACAGCAGGAAUGUGCUAGCAGAAAUAAGAGAAGCACAACAUCGGGCAGCCGCUGAGAUCCAAGCCGCCUUCAGGGGCCAUCUAGAACGCAAGGUUCUGAAAAUACAGAAUGAGGCAGCCACCCGCAUCCAGGCCGGGUGGAGGGGCCUGCAGAAUCGAAAGGCUCUGGCCCACCUCACAGAAGCAGCCACCAAGAUCCAGGCCACCUGGAGAAGCCAUCAUACUCGUCAAAGGCUGAUGUCUGGGGCCUUCCCAUGGACAGAGCAGCUGAGCUCGGACCAGCAGAUCCCACCCCACCACUGCUUCCGGUCCUGUCAACCAGGGUCCUGUGUCCUCUGCCGGAAACUCCAGGGGAGAGAAGAGAAUGUGCCCAUCUGUCUGGCGCUGCUCACGCAGUCCAGCUUCCGGACCUGCCACAUAUGCCAGCGUACGUUCGAAACGAGGAUGCUCCAUGGUCUGGGUCAGGGUGAUGACAGUCUGCCCAACUUGAAGACUGACCAUCCACUCACUCGCCAGGAGGCAGUCUUGUUGAUCCAAGCUCUCUGGAGGGGCCACAAGGUUCGGCAGGACCUAGAGAAACAGCAGAUGGCAGCCACAAGACUACAAGCUGCCUGGAGGGGCCACCACACUCGCAGCAAUCUCAUUGAGGAAACCAUGAUCCUGGGUCCUACCUUAGCCUAGAAUGCCAAUCCACGAAGAUUCCCUUGGGGUGGGGGGUGGACAGAGGUGGCUCUGGUGGAUGAGUCCUUUUUGGGGUGACCUAAUAAAGCCUUCCAAUGCCUU